GAUUGUGCCUUAAAAUUAAAGUUGAAGAUAGUGGUUUUUGUGCUUGGCUUAGAGAUGAAAAACAACUCUCGUCUUAUGGUUUUCCGUUCACUUAUGGUUAUGAAGAAAUUUUGAGAAAAGAAUACAGUGAGUACGUUACUCGUGUUGAAAGUGCUAAAUUAGAUGAAGAGAUAAUAAGGCAAAUAAAAAAUUGGCCUUGCCAUUUGACUAUCGGUUGUUAUGGAAUUUCCCAAGACCCCGAUAGUAGUGAAUUUUGUAAACAAUAUCAAAAACUAAAACAAGAAGGAAUAUUUAAUCAGGAAGGUUAUCAAAUUUUUUCUUCAGAUUCUAAUAAUCUAAUUUAUACAAUUCACCCGCAAGCAAUUUAUACUAGUCAACUAAUAGAUCUUAUAGGUACUGAAACAGCGGUUAGUAAACCGUACGAUGAUGACUUAUUAGUAAUUGACUUUACUACAUCGAACAUCGGCGAAAAAAUUUUAACUAGCAAUCCCAGUGAAUUAGAACUAGAAUAUGAAGAAAGAGAAGAUAAUUACAAUGUAGCCAAGGACUUGCCUGAAAAUCCUACUCCAUUAGAAGAAAUUAAAUUUGAAAUUUGUCAGAAAAUAUUAUCUUUCAAAUUUCGUAACCAUUUAACCACCGAGGAAAUUGCUCGAAAAAUCAAAACAACAAAAUAUGAGACCCAAAAACUCUUGUUUUGCUGGAUUGAUAACUUUGACUUGGAAACGUUAGUAAACUAUGCUAGUGAGUUGUUUUCUCCUUGUAAAGCAGAAAUUAAUUUUAAAGAAAAUAGGAUAGGUGGUCAUGCCAAAACAAUUUAG